GAAGGGCUUGCACAGAUGAGCCAUGAGUAUUUCUUUACUCGGAGAGCUGCCACAUUUCAGUGGGAAGGUUACCGCUGCCCCUCUUCAGCUGAGAGAGCCCAGACCUUCGUAUUUGGGCCGUGGCAUUCCCUGGCCCACCUUUCCCCACUCAGGGAAAAGGAGGCCCCCACGUGUGCUGGAAGCUCUCCUCACCUGUGUCUGAUUACACUUGUGCCUGCAGGCCCUGCUGGUGAAUCAGCAGAACAGAAUCCUGCCUCUGAGCCUGAAGGGGAUGCUGGAGAUGUGACUGGAGGAGGUGAUCCAGGUUCCGCUCUGAGCUCUGGGACUGAAACUCCGGCAGAUCGCAUGGGAGUGCCCCCAGGGAGGGCUUUGCCCGGUCAUGUGUUUCCUCCUGCGCUGGAGCCCAGCUGGAAUCCCAGCGGUCCGGAAAAAGGAAAGGAUGAACCCAAAAGAGGAGAAUACUCCCAGGGCUCAUCCCGUCUCCUCAAGGAACUGGUGAAGGAAAUGGAGAAGGCAGCGCGUGGAACUGACCAACAAAGUGAGCAGGAUGCACUGCAGGAAGGCAGCCAUCCCACACUGCCAGUCUCGGGCAAAGGAACGCAGGCAGCGCCAACAACUGUCAUGCCAGGGAUGAAUGCCGGGACGAGCACAAAGGCUGCUGUUGGCAGAUCUGCGCGAAGGCGCCACAUCGCAGCGAUGGUACUGUUCUCAGCUGUGCUGCUGUCUGCGCUGGUGCUGGCCUGUGGUGCUGUGAUAUGGAUGUGCCAAAAAUACGUAGUGUGCAAGAGAGAAGAGAGAGCAGCAGAGCAGGCUCAUCCUGAUACCAACUAGGAGAGAGUUCCAACUGGAGACGAGGGCAGAACGGAGCUGGGAGAGGCAGCCGAAGAGACUCUUGCCCCAUCAAAGAAGAAUCUCAGCCAUCGUCCCAGUGCAUUCCAUUCUGCCAUCCAAGAGGCCAAAGGUCUUCAAAGUCAUCUGGAAGACUUGGAGCUUGAACUCAAAGCCGUGAAAGAGGUCCACGGGAACAGUCCUGAGUGCUGCUUUCUGUCAGGGGACGGCCCUGAAAGUGAGAGCGGAGAACCAGCAGCAGAGCUUUUGUCCUUCACCCUGCAUUCUCUGGGACAAGCAUCAGCAACAUUUCAAAGAUUCUUAGCUCGGCACAGCUACAAUCCUGUUGAGGGUCCUAAUGAGGAGCCAGAAAGCGAGCUUCCUCUGACCGCUGGACAACACCUUAACGUCUUUGGAGCUGUGGAUGAGAAUGGCUGGUUUCAGGGAGAGCUGACAGAUGGCACAAGAGGACUGGUCCCAUCCAGUUUGGUUGCGGAGGUUUCAGAUGAUGAACUGGAUACAACGAUGCCUCCGGAGCUCUGUGCUCUCCUGCUGGAUACUUGAUGAAUAAGUGGAUGCAGAGAUUCCAUCAUGCAGCAACAUCCUGUCAAAAUUCCUGCGUUACUCCAUCUGCAAGACUACCCCCUGCUCCACUUGAUGUUCAGGUGGAGUGUGUGCAGGACGUGGAUGAGCUCCUUUGGGAACACUCUGAGGUGACUGACAGUGUAACUGCAUAGUCUUGUGGUAUAUUAAACAAACAAACAAACAAACACCACCCACAAUAAAACAACCAACCAACCAACCCAAAAAGCGCUGCUCUUUUUCUUGGAUACACUGAGGUGAUCCUUUUUCUAGCUGAGACUUUGCAAUGAGUCUUGAAGCAGAUUUGAGCCGGUAGAAGUUGGCAGUGUCUGCAUUCCGUUCUCCUGAUUUCCUUGCUGGUCAGAGUUAAGGUGCCAUGCAUCCAUUCCCCAGCCCUAGCUGUCUCCUGAAUCAUGAGAACAGCCUUUCCAUAUUGUGGAAAGAACUGGAGUGGAUUCACGCUGAAGGACAAGAUGCUUGCAGACACGUAAGCUCAAGAAGAGAAUGCAGAGUCCACGGAAACUCGCUGCCAAACAACGAUGAGAAAGUAGAAUAGGCUCCUGUUGUUGAAGAUGGGACGGUGAAACAGAUGUCUCAGCUCAACACAACGCCAGUAGGAGCUGGUUCGGGCUACCCCCCCUUAAAAGGUCGGAAGUUCACAGCGAGGUAGACUACGAGCCUUCAUCCACUGACCGCCAGAGACCCCCACCACAUUUUUAGGACGCGUGCUCAAGAGGGUGGGACAAUACGUUAAUAGUUUCUCAGAAUUCCAGCCCAUUUUUGUGGAACGUAAUGAAUAUGUGGAUGUUAUGUCUGUAAGUAUGUAACCAGUGCUUUUCUCUGUGUGCGAGUUAGGAGGAGAUAUCCCCCCCCGCACCCGGCGCCGUAAUGAGCGUACCUGCUUUGUAACCUUACGUGGGUUCCAGAGUUUGAUUCCACACGUCACUCCCUUCACUAUUAAGAGGACAAAGAACUUCUGGCACAGAAGGAUGCCCACCUGCAAGGCUCAAAUUGCACGCUGCUUCCUCCCUCUCUGCUCAGUAAAACUCUGUGUUGGGCUCAUUUGGAA